AGAUAUUUCGAAAGAAAGACAAAAGAGGAAAGCAAACACAUCAAGUUUGCUUCUCUCAGUCUCUUGCAAUAAUUAGAAUCUGUAGCAUCUAACAUUAAUUGUUCAUAACUAAUAUGGCUGCUCUAACUUCAGUUAGUGCAGGCUCAUCUUCUCACCGUUUUUAUUCUGUACCUCAUACUUCUUAUUCUUGUGCCAAAGAAUGUGUUACAUAUGGCUUAGCUAAAACAGUAAACAGGAGAUUCUCAUCGAGCUACUACCCUUCAACCCUCAGAAUCAGAAGUGCAGCGACUAAACCUGCAAAAUCACCAGCUGAAGAAGAGUGGUCAACUAAACGUGCAUUUCUGCUUGAGAAAAGGGUGAGGAGUGUAGAGGCAAAGGAAGCAUUCAGACUUCAGAAAGAGAACAAUUUUGUGAUUCUUGACGUACGACCUGAGGCCGAGUUCAAAGAGGCUCAUCCAGAAGGAGCUAUUAAUGUCCAGAUAUACAGGUUAAUAAAGGAGUGGACAGCAUGGGACAUCGCUAGGAGAGCUGCAUUUGCCUUUUUUGGCAUUUUUUCAGGAACUGAAGAAAAUCCCGAAUUCAUACAACUUGUGGAAUCUAAAAUAAAGAAGGAUGCAAAGAUAAUAGUGGCUUGCUCAUCAGGGGGUACAAUGAAGCCAACACAAAAUCUUCCAGAGGGCCAACAGUCAAGGUCGCUUAUUGCUGCAUAUUUGCUAGUUCUGAAUGGUUAUACUAACGUAUUUCAUUUGGAGGGAGGGAUCUAUAACUGGUACAAAGAAGAAUUACCAACAGUUUCUGAAGAAUGAUCAAGUUCAGUCAACUGAAACCACCUAAACUCGGAUAAGAAUGCUAUACCAUUUUGCUUUUGUACAGAGAAGGCCUUAGAAAUCAAACCCUCCUUGUGCUGAGAUUCAUAUUGUAGAUUUUUAAUUUUUGAGAGUUUAAUGCAUUUGCAUUGAUGUGUGCA